AGAUAAAGUUUGAGAAUGGCGGGGGCUCAAAUAUUUACAUGGUCAGACGAAGAGGUUCAGCUGUUGCUUCAGGUGACUUUAAAGUAUAAAACCACCAAAUUUGAAGAGAACAUUGACUGGGAAUCAUGCCAGUCGAAAUACGCGGACAUUUACAAAGACUACUUGGAGCAGUAUCCGGUAAAUGGGGGAGCAGAAGGCAAAGACUUCCCACACGUCAAGAGCGCCAUAACAAAGGCCCAGGUCAUCUCCAAACUGAAAGCAGUCCGGGGGAAAUACAGGCGGGCCGUGGACUCUGGGCGUCGGAGUGGGCAUGGACGUGUCGUGCUAAUUUUCUUUGAGUUAUGUAAGCAAAUAUGGGGGGGUUCGCCGGCUACCAGCACCCUGGAAUUCGGCAUCGAAACGGCAGACUUCGAAGCCCGCACCGAGGAUACCACCCCUUCGGACUCACGGAGUUCCACACCCCACUCUGAAUGUAAUGAGGUGUCCACAGCUGUAAAGUCCCGAAGGGAAAUGCUCCAAACAAAACUGCGAAACCAACGACAAGACAGGCUGAAAAAGAGGCUCAACUCUGACCCGGCAUUACAGGAAGACCUUCAAAUAAAAAGAAGGAUGAUGGACCUCCUGGAGGAGUCCGAGAGGCGCAACGCAGAAAGACUGAAUAAAAUUACAGAGACCAUGGAAAAUAUGACAAACUGUAUUAAAGAGGGCUUCAGCCUUCUUGCCCCAAUGAUGACCCAGCCUCAGCAACCAUUAUAUACACCUUCUGGGCACAUGCAGGGGGCUUCAGAGGUUCCUUAUGGGUUCUGUAAAGAUGAGCAGAGAGAAGAGAUUCCUGUCUGUGAGUUUUCUCUCCACCAGAGUCCCAAAGUGGUUAUUACAGAACAACAAGUCAGUGAGCUGAAGGAGCAGCUGAAAUCUGACUUAAAGUCUCUACAGGACAAGAAGGACAAAUGCAUACAAGUGGAGGAGACAUACGAUGAUGUGAUUCAACACUCCAAGGAUCAGGUGUUGUCCACAGAGAGACAGAUCAGAGCAGAGUUCAACAAGCUCCACCAGUUCCUGAAAGAGGAAGAAGAGUCCAGACUGGCAGCUCUGAGGGAGGAAGAGGAGCAGAAGGGGAAGACUAUCAUCAGAGAGAUGAAGAGGAUUCAGGAGCAGAUCUCCUCUCUGUCAGACAGUAUCUCUGCUGUUGAAGAAGACCUGCAGAAAGACAACGUGUCGUUCCUCAGCAGUUAUAAAGCCACUCAGAGCAGAACCAGAGCCCAGAACUCACUGUCAGAUCCACAGCUGGUCUCAGGAGCUCUGAUAGAUGUGGCCAAACACCUGGACAACCUGUCCUGCAGAGUCUGGGAGAAGAUGAAGGAGAAGGUCCACUUCAGUCCUGUUAUUCUGGACCCAAACACUGCAAACAAAUGGUUGCAUGUGCCUGAUGAUCGGACCCUUGAGAGAAAUGGAGACACAAUGCAGCAGCAUCCUAACAAUCCAGAUAGAAAGACCAAGUGUAUUGAGAUUUUUGGUUCUGAGAGCUUCAGCUCAGGAAAACACAGCUGGGAGGUGGAGGUGAAAACUUUUCCUGAUGGGACCGUGGGUUUGGUUAAAAAGUCAGAUGACAGGAAGGGGGAGAGAGAUGUUACACCUGAAAAUGGAAUCUGAUGUUUGUGUUAUGAAGAUGCAGAAUACACUAAUGUUGUUGGUAAGACCUUCAUAGUGAAGAAGAGUCUCCAGAAGAUCAGAGUCCAGCUGGACUAUGACAGGGGUGAGGUGACUCGCAUCUACACUUAUAGAGACACUUUCACUGAGAAACUCUUCCCAUAUUUCAGUGUUGGUGAAGCUGCUGAUGCCGAAACCAUGGGCAUCAGCUUUUACAAGUCUGAAAUGUUAAGAUUAAACUAAUUUGGUUUUUAUUCCUUUGUUUAUAAAUAUUCUCUCAGUUCUUUCAACAAGAAGAAAAACUUGAUUCUGGGUUUUAAAAACAUCAGUGUUUUAAAUAUUGGAUAGACUUUAACAUUAUUGAUCCCAAAGGUUUAGAAUGGCAAGUCAGUGAGAGAAAUAAUUAUUUGAAGUCCCCACAAAGCCUGAGUAUGAGCAUGAAGUAGAAACUUUUAUUGUUUUAGAUGCAACGUUUUAGAAGGCAUUUUGACUCCUCCUCACUCACUGCUGCUUGGAAACUCAACACUUGAGCUUCCUCUACAGAUUUUCUGUAUGACUGAGGUCUUGUGACUGACGAGACAUCUCCAUGACUUUAAUGAGCUUCUUCUUUGGCCCUCUGGAGUUACUGUCAUAUGUCAUUAUGUCAUAAUCCAUUACCCAUAACUGUUCUUAUCGUAGAUUUAACAAUAAUUGACCAAGUUUGUUGACCACUCAAUGCGGUGAAUUUCCUGUACCAGCAACCCCAGCAUAAUAUUUCCACCUCCGUGCUUGACAGUGGUGACGGUUAUCGUCUGUUUCUAUAAAUAUGCCAGGUUAAGCUGGAAGGUCAGACAAAAUUCCACUUGUGUCGUAGAGGAUCGAAUGCAUAUUUCACCCAAUGACCUGCAAAAUAAUCUUCAUCUUUUAUGUAAUGUCUUUUUUUGUCUUUCUGCUUGUAUGUCGGUAAACCGUGAAAAAUCAGCAGGGGAUCAAAUACAUAUUUUCCCCACUGUUCACAAAAAAUGUUAAUAAAUAAUGUUUUUCAUUUAAA